CCACAAGUACCCCCAAAUUCACAGCCUCUAUCUGUUCAUUCUUCGUCUUCUUUAACCCUAAAUUAUUUUUACAUCCUAGGGCAUUUUUAGAGAGAGAAAGAGAGAGUUUUGUGAAGUUUUAGAGAGAAAAAAUGAUGAAAUCGGUGAGCCCAGAUGCCAUCUCGAAAAUGAUGGCAAACCCAUCUCCAGAUUCGUCUUCUGAUGAUUACCCAGAAAUUGUCGUGCAAGUUCUUGAUCUUAAGCUUACCGGCAAUAGUCGUUUCAGGUUUGUAGCUAAUGAUGGGAAGAUGAAGCUUGAUGGAAUGUUCCCCUCCAGCUUGUCAUCUGAAGUCAACUCUGGGAACAUUCAGAACUUGGGACUUAUUCGUAUUGUUGAUUACACACUUAAUGACAUCCCUCUAAAGAACAAAAAGUACCUUAUAGUGACAAAAUGUGAAGUUGUGUCUCCUCCACUUGAAGCGGAAAUUGUUGAUGUUGUGAAAAAUGAAGAAGCAGGGAUUCUGCUGAAGCCCAAACAGGACAUGAAAGUCAAGAGUCAUAUGCAGGGACCUGACAUCAUCUUGAAGCCAAAGCAAGAAACGUUUACUAAAUCAGCUGCACAAAUAUUCCAUGAACAGAAUGGAAAUAUGGCCCCUUCUGCACGGAUGGGAAUGUCACGAAGAGUUCAUCCACUUGUUUCUUUGAAUCCAUAUCAAGGAAACUGGACCAUAAAGGUUCGGCUUACAAACAAAGGAAACCUGCGCAACUAUAAGAAUGCCAGAGGGGAAGGCUGUGUUUUUAAUGUCGAGUUGACAGAUGAAGAUGGCACACAAAUUCAAGCAACAAUGUUCAAUGAGUCUGCGAAGAAGUUUUAUGACAGGUUUCAACUUGGAAAGGCCUACUAUAUAUCAAAGGGAACUCUCAGAGUUGCUAACAAGCAGUUCAAGACAGUAGCUAAUGAUUAUGAGAUGACAUUAAAUGAAAAUUCAAUGGUGGAAGAGGCCAGUGAAGAAGGAACUUUCAUCCCCGAAACAAAAUUUAAUUUUAUUCCCAUUGAUCAGUUGGGGCCAUAUGUCAAUAACUCCGAGCUUGUUGAUGUUAUUGGUGUGGUGCAAAGUGUAUCUCCUACGAUGAGUAUUCGGAGAAAAAGUAACAAUGAGACUAUUCCAAAGCGUGACAUAACUAUUGCAGAUGAGAGUAAGAAGACUGUUGUGGUGUCAUUGUGGAAUGAUCUUGCUACCACUAUUGGACAAGAACUGUUGGAUAUUGCUGAUCAAUCUCCAGUAAUUGCAAUUAAAUCUCUAAAAGUUGGAGAUUUUCAAGGUGUGUCCUUGUCUUCAUUAAGCAGAAGUGUUAUUGUGGUGAAUCCAGAGACACCCGAAUCAAAAAAGCUGAAGUCUUGGUAUGAUUCUGAAGGCAAAGAAAGUCCAAUGGCUUCUGUAGGCACUGGCUUGAGCCCCUCUUCCAAGAGCGGAGGUCGAUCCAUGUACAGUGACAGAGUAUCCAUAUCAUACAUAACAUCUAACCCAUCCUUGGGUGAGGAGAAGCCUGUAUUCUUCAGUGCCAAGGGUUACAUAAGCUUUAUCAAGCCAGAUCAGUCAAUGUGGUAUCGAGCUUGCAAGACGUGCAACAAGAAAGUUACUGAAGCUAUCGGAUCUGGAUUCUGGUGUGAAGGAUGCCAGAAGAAUGACGAUCAAUGCAAUUUGAGAUAUAUAAUGGUUGCUAAAGUUGCUGAUGCAAGUGGUGAAGCUAUGCUGUCUUUUUUCAACGAUCAAGCUGAGACUGUAGUUGGCUGCUCUGCAGAAGAGCUCGACAGCUUAAAAUCACAGGAGGAAGAUGGAACUCCUUAUCAGAUGAAACUAAAAGAAGCGACAUGGGUGCCUCACCUAUUCCGAGUGAGCGUAGUCCCACAGGAGUACAACAACGAGAAGCGGCAAAGAAUUACUGUCAGAACUGUUGCUCCAGUUGACUAUGCUGCUGAAUCUAGAUUUCUGCUGGAAGAGAUUUCUAAAAUUAAAGGCUCUCAUUAAUAUAAUUAUGGAAUUAUUUUUACAACUCUGGUAUCAAGUAUGUGAAGUUAGGAAUGAUGUUUCUCCAGUUGGUUAAGUUUCUUAUGGAUCAGAAUGGUUUGUUUAUCUGCAAAGCUUGUGAUUUAAUCCUUAAUCUUCCAUUAUAAUGUUAUUAUUAUGUUCUGAUUUAA